UCUGCAACGUUGUAUUGUCCCCCACUGGUGCCACCUCACGAUGUUCUAGUACUCGUAGACAGAGGAGUGGGUUGGGGUCAAAGAUGCCCCGAAACUCUCCAAUUCUCCUCUUCUCUCCUCAUUGUCGUUACUUCACAUGCAUAUGUAUUACUUAUUGGUUACCCCACACGAUACUCACUCUGUUUGAGGUUACACGAUGUCUUGGCCAUUCCCCAACUUAUCCAGACUCGGAUGAAGACGGCCUCCAACUCGAGCGUGGGUGACUUACUCUGAUAGCGUUUGCUUCUCUUUUCUUGAAAUAUCGUUCGGUAAAAAAGGACGACGGGUUUUACUUUUCAUCCCAAUUCUUCUUUUCGUAUUCUAUUUUGACUCUACCUUUUCUCAUCAACUACCCACCACCUCUCUCACCAGUCAACUACAGAAAUUACCCAAGAAUGGCCCAAAAAACCAGCUACCCCUCCCCCCUCCUGCGCGAGCUCCAAGAAAACGGCUUCACCGUAAUCCGCUCCCUCCUCACCCCCUCCGAACUCACCACCCUCCGCUCCGCCGCAGACUCUCUGACGGCCCUCGCCCGCGCCGGUUCCUGGCCCUAUAUCCGAACCGUAGGCAAACAAUUCCCCCCCUGGCCCUCCUCUCCCCCCGCCGACGGUUCCGGAAUCUGGGGCGUCCAACACCUCUUACACCCGGACCUGCCGCCCCUCCUCCCCCAAGACAUGGAAUCCAAAAACGCCUUUCUGAAGCUCUACUUUUCCCCUUCCAUCCUCUCCAUCGCCAAGCAACUGUUGCCCGAGGGCACCACGGACGACGACCUGGUAAUGGAACUGUUCAACAUGCUCGUUCGGCCCGACAAGGAGUUUGCUCUGAGCUGGCAUCGGGAUGACAUCCCCGCGACUGCGUCCGCCGAGGAAGAAAGGCAGAGGCUGGUGCUGCCGGCUACGGAACCGCGCUACCAUACGCAAUGGAACUUGAGUCUCGUGGACAACGAUACGUCGCUGGUGUUGGUUCCCAAGUCACACACGCGCCCGCGCACAGACGAGGAGCGCGCAGCGGAUCCGUUUGAGCCUGACAUGCCGGGGCAGCUGGUUGUGGAGCUGAAUGCGGGGGACGUGGCGUUUUAUGAUAAUAAUAUCUUGCAUAGGGGGGUGUAUUCAUGUCGCAAAGAGAGGACGACGUUGCAUGGAAGUGUCGGGCAUGUGGCGGGCACAUCAAGUGGGAAGAGGGCGAGGAAUGUGUUGCAGCAUGGGGUCGGGGAGUGGGUAGAACGAUGUGAUUUCUCGGCGUUGGGGGAGAGAGGGGAGGAGGCGAGAGAGAGGGCGGAGGGGAUGAGGGAGCGGUUGGUGAGGAUGGGGAGGGAGAAUAAGGAUGUUGGGUUUUCGCUUGAUGGUUAGGUAGGGGCUGGUGUGGUGUGUGUGAAUAUGGGCAGUGAGUGGUAUGAGUGGUUAUUAGCGCAGCGAAGGUGUUUGAGUUCUAACGAUUUGGUUCAAUUUCAGAAAUAACGGA